AUGGCUUACCUAGCAGAUAACUCAGUACUUAACCUACACUGUACUCAAUCCUCUGCUUUGCCCCUUGCUUGCCGCCUUGGUCAUUCACCUCGGCAGCUGACUGCCGUCAUUCCAGGUCUGGCGGUGGAACAUUAUCAACAUAAGGUGGCGGUGAUUGGGAGCAACAUUGGUGCAAUUGACACGGCUAAAUACACUCUUCUCCAACAAGUUACCAAGCUAGGUACCUGGAUCACCACCGCUGAGGAGAUCCGCAAGGCCGCCGAGGAUAAGGCCAAGGAAGCCUACGACAAGUUGAAGGUUAAUGAGACUUUGGACAAAAAUGUUAAGUUAAUUGUGGCAGCCAAGGAUGAAAUUGAAAAGGUUCAUGGGAAGAUUAGCGGACAUGUUGGUGAUUUAGGUAAGUGGAAGCAGGAGGCUGGGAAGGUGCUUGGCGGGGCGAUUGACAGGGCCAAUGAGGUAUAUGAGAAGUUGGAAGAUAAGAAUGGUGACGCAGUAAAAUAUCCUGUUGGUCAUCAAAUUGAAGCUAUCAACAAAGCUAGCAAGGAAAUUCAGACUGCAAAUACACAGCUUGGCACCGAAGUUCAGCAUUUAAGUAGUUGGAACACCGCCGCCCAGAGUGUUAUUGAGAAGGCGGAGCAGAAGUGUGGUGAAAUCUUGGAGAAAGUUAAACAAAGUGGGCCUGAAGGUGUGAUUUUCACGCAAGCUCAAACUUUAAAAGAGAAGGGUACAAGACUUUUGCAGGCUGCGAAGUUGGCCAAGGAGCAAGUUGGAGAGUAUGUCACUGCGGCCUUGGAGGCUGUUGUGGCAAUGGACGGAGAUCUCAAGAAGGAUUUAAAAAAUGUUAAAGAGAAGAUUAAAGGAGGGAUAAAUCAAGUGAUUAAUCAGUUUGGACUUUUGACAUUGGAUAAUUUGGUGAAGGAUGAUUUGAAGGCGUUGAAGGGGAAGAUUGAGAGGCUUAAAAGUCAGGUUACUAAUGAAGCUGGCGAUGGAAAUGGUAAUAUAGUUGGCAAGCAGUUGGAAGAGCUUACAAAGGCGAAGAUUAAGCUUGAAGAAGUUACUGGCGAGAAGAAUGGUUCCAUUCAUAAGGCUAUGAGUGAGCUUGACAGUAAGUUUAGAGAAAAUAUCCAACAGCCGCUUAGCGAGGCGGUCAGUGCAGUUAACGAGGCUAUUGAGAAGCUUGGCGGGAAGUUUAAAACAUCUGGCGGGCUGAAUAGUAUGCAGCAGAUGUUCGAGCAUAUUAAAGGAAAGGUUGGGGAGAUUAAGGGGGAGGCGGGAACUAAAAAUGGUUGGCAACUUCAAGGUGGCAGUGGUCUGCUCGGCAUUGAGAGUGCGAUAAAUCACUAUUUUGAAGCGUUCAGCGGGAGUGAUAAGUUUGAAAGUAUAGUCACCGGCUGGCUGGAUGGUAUUCUUGGUCACAACGGCCUGGUUAAAAGCCUACUUGGGUGGCAGAGUAAGCGGAGGGAGGAAGAUAUUAAGGAGGUGCUUAAUCAGAGUGGUCUCGGAGGCUUAAUUAGGGAACCGCUCAAAGAACAAGUCACUAAUGCUGUUCACGUGUUCACUAUUGGCCAAUCCACUGCUACCGACAGCAUUAUAGACAAAAUCACACAGGUCAAAGAUGCCUGCGAACUGUUUGCUCGGAGGCUUGAGGAGAAACUAGAGAAGGAUGUGAACAGCGGUGUCCUUGAGAUAACGAAGAAGGCUAAGGAUGCGUUGAACAGUGAUAAAUCAGGAAACAAAAAAAGGAACUUACAAGCCGCCUUAGCAAAGGCAAAAUGCACAUGCUCGUAUGGAAACUGCAGCAGCGGUAAUUGCCUAGAGUGCACAGACCAAAAAUGCAUCCUCACUCAAGCCAUCGCCACCACCGUUGUUGUCGUGUCCUCGGUGGCCCGCCAGGUGGGCAACGAACUGAAUUCUGUGCUGCUCGAGCCAACAGACACAAACAUCGCAAAAAUCUUGGACCAAAUAACACCUAUUGCUCGGACACUUCACGGUCAGCUUACCGCGGCGACAAACAAUUCCCUUCCUCCGCCCAACCAAGAAAGCCCCGCCCAAGCCGUGGACAGUAGAUUGGGUGAUUUGAAGAAAGAGAUUAAUGCAACAAUUACGCAGAAAUUCCAAAACGAAGUCACAAAAGAUCUUAAGAAAGAAGUUAAAAGCCUUGAACCCGCUCUUAAGGCUUUCGACGAUAAAGCUAAAGAGCAGAUCAGGGCUGCAGCCAGGACGGCGAUUGAGAGGGCGGCCCAAGUGAUAAGUAAUGGAAAGAGUCCAAUUGUGCUUGGCGGUAAAGAUGAUCUCAUGAAGCAGUUCAUAACUGCGCAUGAUGGCAUCACUCAUGGGACAACUGGUCUCCAACCAAGACUUAAAGGUCUGCUUGAUCGGCACAUUGGGAGGGAUUAUGGGACAGGUGUUGCACCAUUUGUUAUAUUUGACAAAAUCAUCAUUACUAAAGAAAAUUUCGGAAAAUACACUAGCCAUGUUAAUCAAGAAGAGGUAUUGGACGGUAAGCUUGAAGGCGUUAAAAAGGAAGGCUCCCUUCCACUGGCGAUUGGGAAGAUUAGAGAUGAGGGUCUGAAAGCGCUUGAAAGUACUAUCGGGAAGAGUGCCGGUCCAAAUAAAGUUGACAAUAAAACCUUCGACGUUCCUUUCAAAGCAAUUGAGGGAGAGCUUCAAGCCAUCGCCGGGUUGGUUGAUAAGAACAGCGGAACUCCGCAAAACGUCCCGGACGGCGACAGUGAUGGUAUACAGCAGAAGUUGGCUGAGCUUCGAAAUGGACUUGAGUCAACACAAUUAGGCAACUCAGAGAAAGGCCUUGACGCAAUAAAAACGGCGAUUGAAGCUCUGCAAAAUAACACGUACUCCCCGAGUGCCGACGCAGUCGACAAAGCCGUCAAAGCAAUUAAGACGCAGCUUAAGAGUCUUAGAGAGAAGCUGCAUGCUAAAUACGGUAGAACUGAUGACGUCUUAAACGCUUUGAGGGAUUUUAAAAUCUUUGGGAUUACAAAAGGUAAGUGGGAAAAUGAUAAAUAUGCUUGGAAGAAGCUUAGUGACGGCAAAGAAGUCUAUGGCCUUGGGAAAAUCCAGGAGGACCUUAAAAAACAGAAUGCUGAACUUCCCACACAGACGAAAAAGAUCGAUGAGGCCGUAUUACAGAUUAACGGUGAGCUUGGGAAAAUUGGAAUUCGGUUGCAAAACAUCUUUCAUAAAGAUGACAUCAUAGAUCUGUUGAAGGCGUUGGGACAGAAGAUAGAUAGAGGUGGAGGGGGAGGACUCCAGAAAAUUCAUGACGUGAUUAGUGAGCUGCAAAAAGGACAAUUUGCUGAUAACCCAAACAAAAUCGGCGCCGCCAUGAGCCCUAUUAAAACAGAACUUACUGCCCUUCAAAAGGCGUUGAAAGGUGCGAACGGAAAUAAAGAUGAUGUCAUUACAACACUGAACGAUUUGAAGGGCGAUGGCCUAAGUGGACAGGAGUGGACACCAAAAAACAGUAAAAAUGAAAAAGGCCUCGGAAAAAUAAAUGGUGAACUUCACACUCAACAAAAUACGCUUUCCACUCAGCCCACUGCAAUCGGCGGUGGCGUCACCGAAAUCACAGGUGAGCUUACAAGGCUUCAGACGCAGUUGAACAAUGAGGUCACCGAUAAGUUAAAGAAGCUUAAAGAACAUGGCCUUGGAACUGGUGAACAACCAUGGACAUCCGACAGUAAAACCUUAAAUGGCAUUCAAAAAAUCACCACAGACAUCAUUGCCAUAAAGGACAAAGACGUUAAGGAUGUGAGGGACAAACUCAAGGAGCUGUGCACGGCGAUUAGGCACAUUGCAAAGGACGCCGCGUUCACCUUGAAGGAAGUGAAAGAGAAGAGCCUUAAUGAGUUGACUGGAAUAAAGAAUGAUUUGCACAACCUGCAGAUCCGUCUGGUGAGUGGGCCAAUCAAGGCCUGCAAGGACUUCAUUAACAAGGACGCCGACAAGUUCGGAAAGGAAUGCAUUGCGUCCCUCACAGCGUUCGUCGACGGCCAAGUGACCACUGCAAUCGCCGACAUAACAGCCUUCGCCAAGCAGCAGUAUGUCUCCAACAUCAAGGAGGCGCUGACGGCCUUCGCCCAGAAGGUGGAGGAGGAAUUAACUCCCUUGCCUCCGUUAAUAAACGAGGAUCUGCAGAUAGGGUAUAAAGGGUUAAUGAGGCAGGUUGAAGGGAAGCCGGAGACUCAAGUUGCAGGUGCACAAGGGGAAUUUGAGAAGUUCGAAGAGUUUGUGAGGACUCUGCCAUCUGAGCCGAAGGAGAGAGUGUUCAAAAAAUUGGCCGCAGUGUUCAUGCACUUUUACGGCGAGAUUAAAGCGUACGUCCACAAAGAUAUCACGAGAGAGCACAAGGAGGAAGGCAAGAAGAAAAAUCCUGUGUCCCAAGAACCGGAAACGCUCUACACUGACAAACUUGUAAGAGUCACAUUGUCAUUUAAUGCGUUGCUUGAAUACAUUAGAACUGAGGAUACCUUCGACCACCGACUCCAAGCCCUGCUCCGCAGCCUCACCGACGCGCUGAGUAACCUGCGACCUGAGAGCUUCGCCAAGCCCUCUACCCCCGUGCUGGACGGCCUGGUGGAGGGGCUCACAAAGUUCGCCGCCGAGUUCACAUCUGCGUACGUCUCCGCCUACGCCGGGCAGACGUUCACCGAUGAAGAAGGUGAGAAGUGCGCCAAGGUCUUUCUCACCACGCUGCCCACACUGUGCGACGCCUUCACCAGGCUGGCGGAGCAGUGCGGCAAAGACGGCAAGUGGAGGGAUCUGAGCAUUAAUUCAAGCAAUCAACUCGGCACGUUCCUCCAACGCUGCGGCUACAAGGUCUCCACCUCCGCCACCCUGCAGGACGGCGAGCUGCGCGACGACUGCAACGGCCGCGACGUGUUUGUCCUCGUCACCCAGAACAUUAGGAAUACCGAAGACAACGAACACCUCAAAAAAUGCCUGUCCCUCACACACGCCUGUAAUCUCUUACAGCUCCUCAAAUGCCUCUGCACGCACCUCCACCAGUACUAUAAGACGUGCCACCUCAAGGUGCAUCCCUCACCCCGGCCGCCGUGUUCCAUCUACGAGAUGCUCACAUGGUGCUGCGGGCUCCCGCACAAUCCCGUGUAUCUGACCGUCACCCAUGAUGCCAUGCCCUCGCUGUUCGAGGCGGAGGAGCCGGACGCCGGGGAAUCCGAAGUGUCCCUCACUGACCUCGGCAGCCUGGCGCUUAAGGCCCACCCGCAGCACAUAACACCGGCGUCCCUAUCCGACGCACUCACGGAGGUGUGCCACCAGUCGCAUUCAGUGCUCACCACGUUACUCGGCUUCGGCCACGCAGGUGGCAUCUACGCCUGCGACUUCAACACCAACCCGGGAGGCCUGCUCUACCCCGGCGACGCGGACGCUUUGCUCUGCCUGCUGUACGAUGUGCUCAAACGCCUCCACCACCAGCUGUAUCUCCUCUACCGCCGGUGCCUCUACAACACCCGGUACGGCGGGUGGCUCGACUGCUGGUACGGCCGCGGCGUCGGAGGCUCAGCGUGGAGGUGCAACACCAUGCAGUGUGCCAACCAAAUAUGUGACCAACAGUGCAACCAAACACACAACCAAAUAUGUAACCAACGCUGUGACCAACACCCUAAGUGCGGCCUUAAGUCGCCGCUCCAGUCGUUCCUCGAGGACGGGCUGGUGGGCUUCCUGCCGCAUGACGUGUCGCCCAAGGACACCUGUGUCAGGUGCUCCGGCUGCGACACUGAGUCACCCGGCCUGCCGUGCAAGACGCCCAUGGGCCUCUCCAACAUUACCAGGCUGGCCUCCCGUGCCUCCCAAGGCCGAAGCAUCAUGGACGUCCUCGGCGCCUUCUGCGGCGGCGCAUCGUCGCCCCUCACCAGGCUGUGCGGCUACCUGGAAUGCCUCCUCACCCGCCCGCCACGGACGCCAGACGACCUGUUCGCCUUUUACUACCAGUUCAUAUGUGACUGGACUCAGAGCGUUGAGCACCGUAAGGCGGCCUUCGAGGACGCCGUCGGCGACGCGUGCUUCUGGCAGCGGGGCGUGACACUGGACGUCAGUACAGUCUUCGGCACCAGUGACCAUGGCACACUGCCAAAUAUGCCUCACCUCACCGGGGACCUCUUCUCUCUCGUCGAGUGCAACGGCACUCCAAACUCCGCUCCGUCACACCCCUGCGGCCCCUACCUCAAGCCACUCGGCCACGACGUACGCGCCACCUUCGCCAAGGAGCACGCCCACCUCUACCUCUCCUGGGUGGUGUACCUCACGGAGACUUUCUACGACUUCCUCAGGGAACUGCUCCAGGACUGCGAGCGCAACUGCGCCGACGCCACGUCCGUCUGCCACGCCAGGAGCUGCGACAACCAAUGCCCAGCCAAGCAGCGUCCACUGGCUCAUGGCUCCGGGCACCUUGAUUCAUGCCCCUCCAUCGCGGACUGCGACUCCACCACGCCCACACUCUUCCAGUACGGCUUCGUGCACAGGGACGCCCACAGCCUCGCCGGCUCCACGCACGGCCACGCAGCCAAGCGGACAUGCCAGGAUCUCUGCACAGCACUGCAAGUCGUCGUCAAGCAGAUGAAUCCUCUCCACAGGCUAGCGCACGAGACCAUUCCCGAGUUCCUCUAUCGCAUCCGUGCCCCCUUCCUCUUCACCAUCAUCACACUCUGGCUCAUCGCCACGAUCUACAUCCUCCACUCACUCCUCUACCGCAUCGACGUAAUGCGCAUCCGCUCGCACCUACUCACCACCAAGGCCUCCCACCUCAUCGACGUCAAGGCGCUGCUCGCCGGAAGCCGCAGGAUGCUCUCACUCUACAAGGACGUCGACUACUUCGACGAUGACUUUCACUCUUGA